CACGAGCACUACAUGCGGAAUUCGCGGGCCAUCGGCGUGCUAUGGGCCAUAGUCCCCAUCGCCAUCGCUAUCAUCAACGUGGUGGUCUUCAUACAAGCCUACUGGGUUGGGCGGACAGCGUGAGCACCCCCAAAGCCCGGCUACUUCGGCCUCUUCAAAUUCAGUGUGGGCAGCGGGCUGACGGGCCGCGAGCUCACCUGCCGCGGCUCGUUCACUGACUUCAGCACCAUCCCGUCCGGCGCCUUCAAGGCGGCCGCCUUCUUCGUGCUGCUCUCCAUGGUGCUGAUCCUCGGCUGCAUUACCUGCUUUUCGCUGUUCUUCUUCUGCAACACCGCCACGGUCUACAAGAUCUGUGCCUGGAUGCAGCUCUUGGCAGCUCUGUGCCUCGUGCUGGGCUGCAUGAUCUUCCCCGACGGCUGGGACGCCGAGACGAUCCGGGACAUGUGCGGGGCCAAGACCGGCAAGUACUCCCUGGGGGACUGUUCGGUGCGCUGGGCGUACAUCCUGGCCAUCAUCGGCAUCCUCAACGCCCUCAUCCUCUCCUUCCUCGCCUUCGUGCUGGGCAACCGGCAAACAGACUUGCUUCUGGAGGAGCUCAAGCCCGACAACAAAGAUUUUGUGAGCUCUACAGUAAGCUCCGUGUUGCGACCAGGGGGUGAUGUCUCCAGCUGGGGAGUCCUCCCCUGUCCCGUUGCUCACUCACAGGGACCCUGAAGGCCAGGAUCACAGCCCAGGAAUUGACCUGUCCUCAGUGUGUCCCAUCUCUUGCCCUCUCAUCCUCCAUUGAAGCUCUGGGAAGACCCCAAUCUCAGACUGACUUCUCAUCUGUUACCCGCCUGCCAGCUCCAGACUUUGAAGAGAGGUGGAGGCUGGGUGCAGCCUGGGGGAGGGGAGAGGCCCUGCAGACCCUGGGAGGGCCUGAUUCUGCCCCUCCCUCAACUGACCUAAGGGAGCCGGACAUCCCUUGGGGUCUCCUCUCCUCUCCCACCUGGCCGGGGCCCGGCAGUCUCCCGGGGAAGGAGGCACUGGGAUUCCAGUGCCCCAGGCUCCCUCGGUCUGGGAGCUUCUGCCUGGUCCCAUCUUUGCCUCCUCUGGUCCCUGCCUCCUGCAGAAACUUAUUCAAGACACUGCCCCAGGGCAACCGAGCUCUUUCCUUUUUUUUGGCCGAUGAUGGUACCAUCACAUCUUUGCAGAGCUCCAGGCGCCACCAGCCUGCUCCCAGCUCUCCUGAAGGAGUCUGAGCUGCACCGAGGGAGAACACAAGGGCCUCCCUGUCUACUGGCGCCCUGUCCAGCCCCGAGUCUGAGAAAGGACACACAGCCCCAGAGGGAACUGGAGACACCGGGACUCCAGGCAGCAAGGGCCAGGGGUGGCUCUGCCUGGGGCUGGCCUGGCCUCUCUGCUGGGACAUCGUGCUGCUGACUGGACCCUCAACCCCAGCUUGUUUUGUACAGCACAGACCCUUUGGCCCUGUUGUUAGGGUUGGAGGUUGGGGAGGGGCCUAACUGUGGGGCAUCAGGGGAGGUACCGCCCCUCUGCCCCUUCUUGUGCUGCCUGACCCUGGCAUUUGCUAAGGGCAGAGACUGUCUUGCCUCUUUGAUACUUUUCUGCAUAACUUGAACUUGCAGGUCACCUCUGAACAGGGUACCCCCUGUCCCCAUCCCCGGGCCUUGUAACCCUGUCCCCACCUCGUCUCCCUCUUUGCCCACCUCUCGCCUUGCGAUAUGCCCAGGGUCUGCCACCCGAUGGGCAGUGCUUGGAGCCGAGGCGUGUGUGUGUGUGUGUGUGUGUGUGUGUGUGUGUGUGUGUGUAAGUAUGUGGGGGGGCAGACGAGGAGUCCUCUCUCCCCCUCUCCUCCCACCAUGGGGGGCAUCUCCCUCCUGCUUGGCGAGAAGCAACUGAGGGAGAUUUCAGGUGUUUCUGGACUUCCCUCACGGCCACGUGGACCUGGCGGGAGAGUCACCUCGCUGGGGGCGAGGCAGCCCCUUUCAGGCCCGAGUCCAGGCGGCAUGUGGGCUCCUUCCAGUGUGCCUGCUUCUGGCUGCGGGGCCCACUGGAGAGGAGCCUGCGACCCACCAUUCUGUUAUGUUGGCUCAGCCAAAGGAGGGGAGAAAAGCAGUUAGUGCCAUGUAUUUGCCAACCUGUGUUCAUUUCCACUGGAGUUGGACCUGAGAGGGAGGGUUUCCAAGACAGACAAUAGGAAUCCUCUGUCCGAAUCCCCCAUCUGGACCCAACCGGGAUCGGAUGCUGGAUCCUGGUAGGAUUCCUGAAACCUGGAGCUCCCCAAGUCCUGACCCUCCCCCUGGGCAAACACCUUCCCCCAGUGCUCUGCCCAGCACUGUGCCCCCUCCUGCUCCUACCAAGCCCUGCACUGCAGCCCCCACUGGCACCUUCCUCAGCAGGCUGCCUGCAGG